AUGCGGCCUGAGUUGGGGAGCAGCACGUCGCCUACGCCGGCUGCAGAGAAUGGGUCUUGUGAAGUUUCUUCUUCUUCUUCAGGAGCAUCUGAUGUAUCUGCAUGUGGGGGGGUGGAUGUCGUGGGGAGUACCGUUGCAGCUGUCUCAGCGCACUACCGGCGUAUGUUCCUGGAUGGUUUGAGUACGAUAGAGGGGUUGAAGUUGUUUAUACUCGAAGAUAGCCUGGCGUGUCCUCUUUCUCAUCUCAUUGACGCUCAUUCUUUGCAACAGCACGGGGUAGAGCGCUGCUUUGCUUUGGCGGCUUUUCCUAUUUCUCUUUCUGCUGUACCUGCGCAGACAGCCCGCGCCCCCACAGUUGUAUUUGUCUGUCGCGCUCGUCUCUCGCGUCUUCCUCUCAUUCUCCGCCACAUCAACUUCAUUGAACAGAACUUUCCCCAAGCGCAACCCCCGCCUGCACCAGCAACAACAGCAACAGCAGCAGAAGCUGCUGCUGCUACAUCUGGGACGACUUCCACCAGAGGGGACCCUGUGCUGCUGUGGCAGUUUCACCUCCCACCGAUCGCAGCAAAGAGCGGCAGGAGAUAUGUUGUUGUUCUUCUGCCUGAAUCUUCUGAAUUCAUUGUGAGUGAAUUUCGCCGUCUCCUCUCAGCCCCAACAGCAACAAAUGCGCACGCAGAGCAGCAGCAGGCCGGCCAUUCCUCGUUGCCUGCUGCUGCUGCUGCCCUCAUCUCCAACUUGGGGAACUCGCUGCUUCCUGUCAGUGCCAACAACGCCACUCAGGACAGCACGGACUUCAGCAGCAGCAGCAGUAGCAGUGUGAGCCCAGACUGUGUGGCGGUGACGCACUGUCCUAUCCAGCUGUUUCCUGUAGAGCGCGACGUGCUGUCUCUGGAGUUGCCAAACUUUUUCAGGGCAUAUCACGGACAAGGAGAUGUCUUUCUGUGCAAGACUGUAGCAAAUGCGAUUGAUGUACUGCAGCAGCAGCAGCAGCAGCAUCCGCUGCACCAGCAUCCGCUGCAGCAGCCGAAGCAGCCUCAUCAGCGACUCAUUCCGCAUCUCCGGUGUAUUGGGAGCGCAGCAAAGGCUGUGAGUGACUUUCUGAUCCAGAAGCGUAAGCAGCAGCAGCAGCAACAGCAGCGGCAGGUGCUGCAGCGGUUUGAUGAUCCGUGCUUGGGGGGCCACUUGGAAACGCAGCAGCCGUCUCCUCCCCCAGUGCCUCCCGUGUAUUCAGUUUUAGAUGCAGAGGACUGCGGCGCGUCGCCUCCUUUUGUCUCUGGCGGCAGUUCCCUUCUUCGCUUUGCUACAGCGGAAGAAGCAGAAGCAGGAGAGGGGGCGUGGGUAGCAGGCAGCAGCAAAAGCAGUAGCUUGUCUCUCCCGCAUGCACCCCAUAUGGCUGUUUUGUUUGAUAGAAGAGUUGAUCUCAUAACUCCUCUUUGCACGGACUUCACUUACCAGGGACUCCUUGACAGUACUCUGGGAAUCGAAGGCGCAGGCCUUGAGGUCCCAAAACACCUCCUACAGCAGCAGCAGCAGCAGCAUCAGGAACAGCAGGAACAGCAGCAUUCGUUCAGCGACGGUGUGGUAUCUCCCUUGUUGUCAUCAUCGUCAGGGUCUUUAGGAGUGAGUGUGUUGAUAGAGAGAGGCCGAGGGCAGCGCGUGCCUUUGUCUGGUGAUAGCCUAUUUAAAAGUCUGCGGGACUUACACCAAACAGAAGUAGGAGCUGUGCUGCAUCGCAUCGCUAGUGAGAUAAAGGAGACAUACAGAUUAAAGGACCGCCUCCGUACCAUACAAGACAUCAGCUCAUUUAUGGUGAAGUUCAAACUUAAGCAACAAGAGCACGCAUCUCUCAGCCUUCAUGUUAAGCUCGCAUCAUUUAUUGCUGCUGUCUCUAGAGACCCAAACUACCACAGCAGACUCUGUCUAGAAGACAGGCUGUUGCAGGGCACUCUGGCCUUAGAACCCGGGCUACUGCUGCUACGCAGCAGCAGCAGCAACAGCAACAGCAUCACGGAGCUUUUCGAAAAGCUAAUCGACGAGUCUGCAGCGACAGAAGCUGCUGCUGCUUCCGGCUGCUGCUCAGCAGCCGCCACCACCCUGGAUGAGGUAUACAGACUGCUGUGUCUCUACUCGGUGACAGCAGGGGGAAUCAAGGCAGCACAACUCAAGCCGCUGCUGCAUGCACUGGUACAGCAGCACGGGACUCGUGAGCUGCGGCGCGUCGCCAGUUUGCAGCAAGUUGGGCUGCUCCGAGAGCAGAAUCCCCUCAAAAAAACAAAAGCAAGUGGAGGAGGUAAUGCUGGGCCCGAGGCCUGGAAGUUCGUGAGGGAAAAAUGCAAGCUAAUGGUCGAUGAACAAAGCGCGAUGACAGACAUUGCUUACGUCUGCUCUGGAUAUGCACCUCUCUCAGUCAGCGGUAUAGGCACCCUCCGUGUUAUAUUGGCACUUAAGCUGUCGAUGGCACCUGUGGGAGGACUGCGUCUGCGUUCCAUUGGGUUGCUACAGUUGUUGCACGAGACGCCUUCGGGCUGGCGGGCGAUUCCCGACGUGUUGAACAGUUUGUGGGGCCCUGCUCUUGAGAUCCGUCAGCAGCAACCCCAGCUGCAACCGGGGCAGCGGAGGCGGCAGCAGCAGCAGCCACAGCAGCAGCAGCAGCGGCAACAGCACCAUCAGCAGCGAGGGCCGGGGGUAGGUUCAGGUGAAGUGGAGGCUGAGGGCGCAGGUGCUGUUUGCAACGCCGCUGAUCCUCCCCCGCUGCUGGUGUUGAUGUUCUACAUUGGAGGAGUAACUCAUGCAGAGAUAGCAGCAAUAAGGAGGCUAAACCAAAUAGAGAUGCAGGGGUCUGUGAAAACAGACAGAAGACCCGAAAAUACGAAAGUGCAGUACCUCAUCAUAACAACAGAAAUCCUAACCGCAAGACAGCUGUUCAAAAGCAUGAUAGAAGACAUCGACUAA